GGAUUUCGCUUCAUUUCACGUCUCGCUUUCGUACCGUUCGUACGUACGCUCAUAUCAGUUUACUCAAGCAAUACGAAGACGCACUCGUCUUUCGGAGUUUCGAUCAGUUCAGUGUUCAGUUAAGAUCGCUGAAGGAGAUAUACAAAACAAGAAGAUAUCAGUGGAAGUGAGAUUACAACCAAAACAAAACAAAGAACAUUUCAUGAACAUAUUGUUGCAAAAAAGUGCAGUGAUAAGCCAGAAGUCACAAAGUUAACACACUGUGUGUAGAAAAAAGACAUUUCUGUGAGUGAAACAACCAAAAAACAAAAGAAGAACACAAUGGUUUAUGCAAACAUGGUAGCAGAGCCAACGAUGGGAGGCAAAAUCCCACAACCAGGAUCACUGGAACCGUUGUCGCGGACAUAUCAGUACCGCAAAGUGAUGAAACCAAUGUUGGAGCGCAAACGUCGAGCCAGGAUCAACCGAUGCCUGGAUGAGCUGAAGGAAUUAAUGGUAUCAGCUCUGCAAUCGGAAGGUGAAAAUGUUUCCAAAUUGGAAAAGGCCGACAUUCUGGAGCUUACCGUUCGUCACUUGCACAAGCUCCGCCGGCAGCAGCGUUUGACCGUUAACCCAGUGAUUGAUGCCGAUCGAUUCCGCGCUGGAUUCACCCAUGCCGCCAACGAAGUUUCCCGCUGUUUGGCAUCCACACAAGGAGUUGACAUCAAAUUGGGCACCAAGCUUAUGACCCAUCUUGGACACCGACUGAACGAUCUGGACAAAGUGUCUCCGCUUUCCGUGCACGUUGAGCAGAACUUGCAGUCCCCGCCAAUCUCUCCGUUCUCAACCUCCUCAUCUUCGGCCGCCGACCUGCAGUCGUAUCAGAUGCCUCUGACCCCACAGUCGUACCGCUCCGGAAGUGGCAACUCCAACAGCCCGUCACCGAACCCAAGUGAGUGCUCUUCCACCGGUAGCGACCAGCAGACCUCCGGCCUACUCAAGAUUCAGGAAUCCGUGUGGAGGCCGUGGUAAGCGCUAAUUACCGUCGGUUGGAACCGGUACCAGUGAAGCAAGACUUAUCACUCAACGCAACCAAAUUCCUCAAUCCAGAGAUCUCAAGAGACAACAAGACAAAAACGAAACCUUUUAAAAACAAUGAAUCAAUCGUAUGGGUAUAGCUUUAAUAGGAGAUAGGAACAUUUCACUCUAAUUGUUUUUAAGAGUUUGUGAUAUUAACGUUCUUUAGGGACUAGGCCUUAAGCUUUUUGUUAGUACUUUUUCGCUGAGAAAGACCUGUUUUAUUUCUGCAUUUAGUUCAGAAUUUUUUUAGUAGCCAGUAGAAGAUGUUUGUUCUCAAAACGUAAGACUUAAGAUUGUUUACGAAUUGCGCAGUUUGUGGCAAUUUCUGUGAUUAUAAGCAAAACAAACAAAAUCAAAAAGUUCUUUUUGAUCAAGUAGCGCGCUAAGUUGAAAAGAAUAAAACAAUGACUAUGAAAUAUCAAUGAAAAAAUCAAA